AUGUCACCUGCCGAUGCCGCAGAUGAUAGCGUCCCGGAUCGCGGUCCGGCAGUCUUUGCCGUGACAGCCGCAACAUUCGUCUUAGCGAGUGUCAUGGUUGCUGCCCGUCUGUUUUGCCGGCGAUGGAUUGUCAGAAAUGUUAGCUGGGACGACAAGAUUAUGUUCUUUGCCUGGAUGAUCGCCUUCGGAUUAUCCUUCACCAUUUGCUUUGGUACACGAAAAGGCUUGGGUCGCUACGACGACGAUAUACCCUCGGGCCACUGGAAUUCUUUGCGAGCGUGCGAAUAUGUUUUUUCAAUACUCUAUAAUCCCGCCCUGAUGGCGACCAAAACCAGCAUUUUGAUCUUCUACCUCCGCCUCUCAAAAAACACGAAAAAGGUGCUUCGGUUUGCGUCCUGGGUGACUUUGGGCAUCGUCAACCUAGCGGGCACUGUAUUAACCCUCAUCAACAUCUUCCAAUGUCGGCCGGUUCAGGCAGCAUGGGAAAUCUGGCGGGAUACUUCACGGUGCAUCCCGCUGCUCACGGAAUUCAUCUGCUCUGCUCCUAUCAACAUCGUAACCGAUCUAGCCAUCCUAGCUUUACCGAUUCCUGUUCUCACAGGUAUGAGAUUGCCACCGAGGCAAAAGAUCAUUCUCGUACUCACCUUCACUAUCGGUAUCUUCGUCACAAUUGUGGACGUAGUCCGAAUUUACUACCUACAACAAGCCGUCAGCUCGGUUCCGACCGGCGGCGUGUCUAGCGAUCCGAGUUCUCACUUUGGUGGCACACCCGACUUUGCUUGGAACUCGUCCUUGUCGUUCAUGUGGUCAGCCGUCGAGGUCAACGUGGGAAUGGCUUGCGCGUGUAUUCCUACUUUGAAGCCACUGAUCAUCAAAAUUCUGCCUGCCAUGAUCAUCGAUCCGGACGGAACAAGAUCGAGCACACAGACCGAAAAGGACGCUCUAGACAGCCCUAGAAAUCGCACCGGGAGCGACGGCCUGGUAUCACCAACAAGUCCGAACUACCGUGGCUCAGUCAACAUUCAAGAGCCCUUGGCAACACAUCGUGCCAGCCGAGAUAUGGGCGCAGCGGCAAACGCAGAUGGAAGCGACAUGACAGCACUCGAGUUCUUGACAACACCAGACAUGACAUUAGCCGAAUACGAGGCCACCGGAAGGAUCGGUGGCGUUGCCAACAGAGCCUCUAUUGCAACAAGCAGAGAAAACACCAUUUACUUUGGCUUCGUCAACAUGAAGCGCCCCAAGAGUAUGGUCAAGUGUGACGCUCCAGAAUCACUCCGAUACUGCCUGGUGGUUACAAUCCUAUUUGUAAUGUGGGGCAUUUCCUACGGUCUGCUCAACACUCUCAACAAUGUCAUUUCCGGGGUGUCAGGAAUGACCGUUGCUCAGACUCUAGGCCUCACAACGGCCUACUUUGGGGGCGGUUACUUCUUUGGCCCCUUGCUGGUGGGGGAGUGGAUUCUGAGGCGGGAUGAGCAUCAUCGAAGAAACCGCAAGAACAAACGCGAUGCGGAAAGUGUUGGUGGCUUCAAGGUCACUUUCAUCGUUGGGCUUUGCUUCUACGGCGUCGGAACCAUCAUUUUUUGGCCAUCCGCUGUCACCAAGUCCUGGGGCGGUUUCCUACUCAGCAACUUCGUGGUAGGCUUUGGCUUGUCUGUCCUCGAGACAGGAGCCAAUGCUUUCUUGAUUCUCUGCGGGCCGCCAGAAUACGGAGAAACACGACUGCUUCUCGCCCAAGGCGUCCAGGGUGUAGGCUCCGUCCUGAGCGGCCUAAUGGCCCAGAGAGUCUUCUUCACCAAGAUCACCAAUCAGGGUGGAUCAGACUCUGUGACGCUUCUGAACGUACAAUGGACAUACCUCGCCAUCACACUGCUUUGCGUCGCCCUCGGCCUCUUCUUCUACUACAUGCCGCUCCCCGAGUUGAACGACAACGAAUUGCAAGAAUCGGCAGACCGGCUUCCAGUCAAUCCCCAAAAGCGCAGCAUUGGCGGUUUGCAACUGCGCACGUGGAGUUUGAUCCUGGCCGUCCUCGGUCAGUGGACGUAUGUCGCCUGCCAAGAAAGCAACAAUAUUUUCUUCCGCGCGUUCACAAUAGCCAUCCUUCCCAAUCAGGAGGAUGGCGGUAUCGCUGCUACGAAUGCCGAUACAAACCCAGGCGAAAACAGUGACAAGCCUCCAGGCCUUACGAUAGGUGUCACUGAUUAUCACCUUAUUGCGCACGGUGUCUUCGCCAUUUCGCGAUUCAUUGUUGCUUACCUGACUUACCUCUCGGUGCGCAACCCGCGCAUGCCGAAACCGAGAACGUGGCUGGCCAUCAGCGUUGGUCUCUCCAUCUUCUUCGCCCUCCUCACUGUUGUCUUGCAGCCGUCAGACCCCAACCUCCUGAUGAUUGCCGUCAUCCUCUUCUACUUCGCCGAAGGACCUGUUUGGCCCUUGAUCUUCGCCAUCGGCCUCCGCGGUCAAGGCAGGCGUACUAAGCGUGCUGCUGCCUUCAUCACCAUGGGUGGCUCCGGUGCAGCAUUCUUCCCAUACAUUGUCUACGCCGUCAUCAACAGCGGCGUUUCGGUGCAGCUUUCGUUCGUCAUCAUCGUCGCCCUAUUCGUUCUCACGGGCUUUUACCCCAUCUGGCUUGCCUUUGUGCGCGACGCCAAGACCAUGACCGACCCUGCCCACUCUUACAUAUCUCCCGAGGAACGUGUCUCCGGACAGGAUGAGAUCGAUAUCAACAGCCAACUCGGGAGGCGCAGGCGAACGCUGUCUACCAUUGCGGCCAAGAGCAAGCGAGGCAGCAUUUUCAGCAAGAUCUCCCCCUUUGGGCGGACCAACGGCGAGAGCGUUACGUCACCAGUAGUAGAGCAUUCUGAAGAAAAGAAUAGCUCCAGCAAAGGAUCUGAGGGGAGCAACGAUACCCAUCAAUCUCAGACAGUAUGA